GUGGUUCUUAGGCACUCAGCUGAAACCUGUGUUACUUGCUCCCAGAUUAAAAGCUUUAGAAUCCACCAUUCGAACCCGGAGCGCGGGAUCUGGGUGCGAACGCUGAUCUUGGACAUUUUCUGAAGCGCCGCGUUCCGAUUGAGGUUUACCAGUGAAUGCCAUCCAACAUUGUGGAUUUGCGCGAAUAUUUUCAUUGGUUCUGCGUUCGCACCAAGAGCUGAAUGGAUUUGCGAGAUGAGGCAGGUCGGUAAAACAUAUCUGCCCAGAACUGGUGCUACGCAUGCCACAUAAGAUGAGUUCUAGGCAGAGUACUAGGAGUGAUCCGUGCGAUCCCGGCAAAAUGGAGAGGAAAGAGAGAAAAGGGAGGAAACCGAAGCCGUGUGCCAUACCAUGGGUCAAACCCCAGUCCAGAGGACCUCCAGCGCAGAGGCCGAGAUUUCGAGUGGAACAGGAACAAAUUCAGAAGAGAACCUUCACCAACUGGGUAAAUGCCCAGCUGUCAAAGAGGAGACCCCCAGUGGCAGUGGUGGACCUGUUUAAUGACCUCAGAGAUGGGUCUCGCCUGCUGGACCUGCUGGAGGUCCUGUGCAGCCAGAGGAUGAGCCGGGAGAAAGGCAAAGGGAUGUUCCAGCACCGGGCAAACAUCGAGAAAGCCCUCACCUUCCUCAGGAGGAAAUCUAUCAAACUGGUCAACAUAAAUGUUCCUGACAUCAUGGAUGGGAAGCCCUCCAUCAUCCUAGGUCUGAUAUGGACGAUCAUCAUGCACUUCCAUAUAGAGGAGCUGGCAUGUACGUUGUCCUUCAGUUCCCGUCAGUCGUCCUUGGAGUCGUUGGCCAGUUUGGACACGCAGUCGACCAGCAGCAGCAGUGGUGCCUGGAGCGGUCCGGCGCCCCCCCGAGGCUCGCCCUUGCACACGCGCUUCAGGAUCUCGGCCAAGAAAGCGCUGAUGCUCUGGGUCAGGGAACAGUGCCACAAGGCUGGCUCUACUCUGAAUGUAAAGGACUUUAAGGGAAGUUGGCGAAGUGGUGUAGUGUUCUUAGCCAUCCUCUGUGCUCUGAGGCCCAAUGUGGUCGAUCUAUCCAAAGCCAGAACCAGAACCAACAGACAGAACCUGGAAGAGGCCUUCCAGAUAGCUGAGAGAGAAUUACACAUACCCCGAUUACUGGACCCGGCAGAUGUUGAUGUGAGGGACCCAGAUGAAAAGUCCAUUAUGACAUAUGUGGCUCAGUUUCUUCAAUACUCCAAAGAUACACCUGUUUCAGAUGAAGACAUGCAGGUUCACUAUCCCACAUCUUCCGAGAGCUUGGCUCCUGUCAAUCUGCCCACCAACUUCACACCUGCUACUGCUACCUCCCCCCUCCGACAGUCCUCAGCCAAUCAGAAAGCACAGGAAGUCACAUGCUGGCUGGUGCAGGCCUUUCAGGAGCUGCUGGAGGGGUGGGACUCCACAGAAGGCGCGAGCUAUGCUGAGAGAUACCAUGUGUUCCACACCUUUGUGGUGUCUUUCAAUGAGCAGCGUCGUCCUGUGAUACCGUUGCUAACGGCAAUGAAGCGCACGCCCCGCUUGAGUGAGGAGCAGAGAGCCCUCCGCUGUGCCUGGGAUGACCUUGCUGAAAAGCUGCGUGAGUAUAAGACAGAGCUGGACCUGACAUUACCCGCGCCGCUGGACACUGUGGGCCGCUGGAUGCUGAGGGUCGAAGAGGCUUUGACAGACGGAGAAGACGACUCUCACGACCACGUCCACGCAGCCCAGGAAGCCCGACACAAACAGGCGCUGCUGAAGUCAUGUCUAGAGGAGAUGCCCCAACACAUCAAGACUUUUCAGACCUUCCAGAACAUAGAUGAGUACAGCGAGAUGCUGGUGCCCACAGACAAGCUGGAGGAGAUGAAGAGAAGGUUCACUAGCGUGCGUGUCAGUGCUAAGUACCAUGACAUUAAACUGGAAUACCAGGAGCACAGGCACACAGUCCUAGACCUGCUGGGUCAGCUCAGCCUCAAACUUCGCACCUGGAAAAGAGCCUACAUUUCCCAGGAGGCUGUGCGGGUUCUGAUGCAGGACUGGAAUGAAAUUGUGAAUAAACAGGAGCUGCCCUCUUUACUGGAAGGUGCUCUCUACAAGCUCAAACACAUUGUCAGCAAAUACACUAGCAAGUCUGCUCUGGCGGGCGACGCCAUCCACGUGAGCCGUCAGGUGAAGGACUUGGAGGCAGAGACUACUGUGACACUUGAGGAUGUGAGGAUGGUGAAAGGCACUAUGGGACGUGUGCUGGUAGCCUGGGACACCUACUCUGACUCGUACAGCUCCCUACAUGCCUGGCUGGAGCAGGGAAUGCAAAAGAAUAGACAUGGACAACAAGCAGAAGUGACAGCUGGAAUAAUGCUGGAGUGGAGUUCUCGCCAGAAUCAACUAAACAAAGUGGGAAACUAUUUGAUUGAGAUCACAGAUCCACAAACUAGCCGCUCACUUUCUGAUGAGCUCUGCCGAAUUAACCUGCUGUGGGCUGACUUUGCCAGAAGAACCCAGUUUGGACUAGUUGAGGAAUUGAGUGUUGGUCCGGCAAGUCCUCAGACUCUGCAGGGUCUGGUCAGAGAAGCCACCCAGCUUCUGAAGGAGCCAGUGGACGUCUUGUCAGGAUCACUGCGCACUUACAGAAAGCGCCUGCAGUUCAUGAUGCAGAAAAUUAAGGAUGUUGAUCUAGAUUCCCUCUCCCCUUCUCUCGAGUGCUCCGCUGAAACAGUCAACAAACUCAAGCAGGCCACUCCAGAGGUGCUGCAGACCCUUUGCGAGGCCGUGCAUGUGUGUGAAGAGCUGCUGCAGAGUGUGUGUGGGCUGGAAGGCCGUCUGGCUGAACUUCUGCACUGGGAAAUUGAAGCCAGAGAGUUGUAUCAACUCCUAAGAGGAUAUGAAAGAAGGCAGGACUCUGGAACACGGGUGCUUAUUUCUCGAGGUCUGCAGCUGGAAGGCCAGGUGGUGACAGAAGAACAGGAUCUGCAGGUGAUGGUGAUGUCAGCACAGAAGAAUUCGCCCCUGCAGUACCUGAUCGCCUCCACCAUGCAGGACAGAGUCUGUGCUGCUGUAGCACAGUCACAGGAAACUGUAGGGAUGCUCAGCUCCAUGGGGGCUACAGAACAUCAGCCUCCAAAAAAGAUCUUUGUUCGGGAGAAAGAAAGUGAGACCACAACCCCUAGGCCCAAAACCAGUGACCCAGUCCAGCCUUUCAUUGCCCAAGGAGGUGCAGGCCAAGCAGACUCCCAGCCAUCGAACGGGUCUCAGCAUCUAUCCCAUCUAUCCCUGCCUGGGGCCCAAGCCGGUGCUGCAAAGGUUCAACCUGUGCCUAUGAUUGUUGUGCAAGAGCACCAGGAGGAGAAGAAGAGUCCUCCACCACACGCCCAAACCCAAGCAGAGGCACAAGUACACGUAAGAAAUGAGCCAGUGGAGGAGCACCAACAUCAGGGUAAACCUGAGUCUGCUACAGAGUCAGAGGUUUCUGCUGGAGUCAAGCCAGAAGCAUUAUCCAAGGAUCAGGCAAAAGAUGGGGUACUGGAGGAACCUAGGAAACCAGAAGAAGGUAUCAAAAAAACUGGUCAGCCUGAAAUAUAUAGGGAUACAAACCAAAACACACAGCAAGCUCAGACUUCUAGCCAGCCACAAACACCUACAAGCUGCCAAGCUGUGAGUUUGCAAGGAGUACCAACACAACCACAAAUGCCUAGACAACCACAGAUGCAAGCACAACCACAUAUGCAAGCACAAGCACAGAUGCAGGCACAACCUCAAUGGUAUGCACAACUACAGGUGUAUGCACAUCAACAAAUGCAAUCACAAGAGCCAAACACUCAGCAACGGACUCACAGUCAGCAGCAGGUGCAAUUCAAGAAAAGGGGUUCAAGCCAACAGCAAACCACUUUUCAUCAGUCUAUUAAAGGUAGGAAGUCUCAUGUGCGUCCAGAGAAUAGGCCUUGGCUUCAACAGAAGACCCAGGCAAAGGUUUCGUCCGCUGCAAAAGCACAGUCAGGAGUAAAGGACGUGAAGCAAUUGAGCUCUGAAGUACAGCGACACCAUGCAGAUUUUGCCACAAGUGGGUGUCAACCUCAGGUAUCUCCACCCGACCCAGUCCAAGCUCAAGCCAAGAAGGUUACCAAGACACAAGCCAAAGUGAAUCAAGGCCAGCAACAAAAAGCUGUAACACAAGCUAGAGAGGGUCAGCUCCAGCAACAGCAAUCUGUGUUGGAAGUCAAAGUGGAACCUGAAAUUCAAAUGCCUCCAAAAUCACAAGAACAAACUAUGAAGCCUGUUAUGGGAGAAGUAAAACAAACCACAACUCAACCUGUAAGACAUCCCUCAGCACCCAUCCAGCCUCAAAUAAUGAACCAGAGAAAACCACAACAGGUUGUAACACAGUCUAAAAACCAGCACAGUGUAUCCUUCCCUGUCACUGUAACACCUGCUCAGCCAAAAGGUCCAGCCCCUAUCCAACCACGAAUCAUAGCCAUGCCUCAGAGUCCACCACUAACCCAUGCUCCUCCUCAGCCCCAAAUUAUGGGUGUUAGUCAAAGUCCAGCCAAAGUUCAGGUCAGACCACAGAGUGCAGUACAAGCACAGGUGCAGCCCCACACCCAGCAUCCUCAGUGGACCUCAGUCAUGUCUGAUGCCAUCGCUCAGAGGUACCAUGAUGCCCAGGCUCAAGGACUGAUGGCGACCCAAAUGCUGGCCCAGGCGCAGUUUCAGAAUUAUCCACAACCUCAAACCAAGCUUCAGCAAUGGCCACCGAUAAGAGGAGUUCAGAUGACCCAGACUUACCCCAGUGUCCAAGGUUCAGGUCAAGCACAAGUCCAGCCUCCACCUCACGCUCAAGUUUACCACAGUCCCCAGACACAAACUCAGCCAUGGGCCCCUGUGAGAGCUGAACCACUGCCACAGGCUUUUGUACAAAUAAGAGCUCAAAGCCCAGUUCGGCCAAUUGUUCCAUCACAACACUGGAGGCCUAUGAGACCUGAGGUGAUCAGCCACGGUUACCAGAGGUUUCAGUUGCAAGACCAGGGACCCAUGUCUCUGUACCCACUGGCCAAACCUCAGACCCAUCCAAGGGCACAGAGCCCUUCUCAGCAACGGGGAUCUACCCAACCAGAUCACUCCCAAGUUUAUUCUCAGAAAAUGGUUCAAGGUUUUUCUCCACCAAUUACUCACCAGCCACGGGUCCAACCACUAUCCCAAGCCCCAGCAAGACCCCAAGCACCCACACCACAGCAGCCCCAAACCCGACAGCAACUGAGGCCACAGAAUAGGGCCGAGGUUCCAUCUCAGGGUCAAACCCAGAGCCAAGCUCCCCAAGUGCUGCCUCAGGUCCAAGUUUCACAAAAGCCACAGUCUCCAGUGCUGGAGCAGACACAGCAGCACUCAGCCGCAAAGGUUAAACCUCCGGCGCUGGCUCAGGCUCCUCCUCAGGCCUACACAGAGGCCUAUAUUAAAGCACAGGCCCUGGCUAGAAACAGGUUUGAAGAAGCCAAGCACUGCCUGCAGGAGCAUAUUCUAGAAGCUUUCAACAUAUUCAACAACAAGCAGACAACUGGGGAACAGGCGCUGGUCAAACAGGAGACUCUAAAAGCCCUGGACCCUGAGCUGCUGGAGGAGUUCAUGAGAGCUGCGGAAGGGAUGGAGGCCUUUUGCACCCCACCUCAGCUUCGAGACAUGGAGUUCUUCGCCCAGUCAGUCAGAACACAGUGGGAGGCAUGUUUCUCGGCGGAUGGCAGUCUCUUCCAGGCUGGGCAGCAGCUGGAGGCCCUGAAGGAGUUGUGUGACACGUUGAGCCCCGAGGAUGCCCACAGGCUGGCACAGGUCCAGCUUCACGAGUGCGAGAAGAGGCUCGCCGCCAUCCAGCACCAGUUCAGUGGAGACCGUCGCACGCCACCACCAGACACUGGUGUGCCUGUAGAGCCAAAACAAGAUUUGUCACCACAGAAAAUGCUAACAGUGGAAAUUGCUGGGCCGGAGGCUGUCCCAGUCCAGCGCCCAAAAACUGCGGAUAAGAAGGAAAUCAUGAAGCAGAUGAGCACAGAGGAGGACAGAUACCGUAGCUGCAGGUUUGCACUCCAGGCACAACUGAACAGGAACGAGCAGAGCAUGCUGGGAGAUCGACCCUCCGAGUCCACCACGGCCACCGACCUGUGGAAAAGGCUCAGAGAGCUGAAGGCCUUGAGGGACGAGACGGAGUGUCUGUGGUCGGACUACGAGGCCCAGUCCGGGCAGCUGAGUGAGAGGGCCGUGGAGCAGGACCGGGCCGAGCUCACGGUCAAGUGGAGAGAUCAAAGAGGGCAACUCCAGAGCAGGGUCGAUUCUCUUGGUUCAGCUUUGGAGCUCAUGGACUCAAUUGAGCAGCACAUUGCUGAGAUUUCAGAGUGCCUUGACAAGUUUAUCAAAGAACCCAAAGACGUGAAAGUGUACACACUGGUCAACAGUAACAUCCUGAAAGAUGUUAAGGAUUUGGACGACAGCAUCCAAGAGCAGAUGGACCGCCUCUCGCGCUUCGACUCGGAGCCCAGCCACCUGGACCUUCGGGACCGCUCCCCUCUCACCCAGGUGGUGCUGAACCACCGCUCCAGUUUGGAUCGCCUCCGGCAGCAGGUGCGAAAGAGCGACGCUGCGGCGCGCGCCCUGGACCGCUUCCUCCUGUCCCUCCGCACCGUCGACCGGGACAUCUCCUUCGUGCGGGGCUCCCCCUGCAGAGAACCAUCGGCGCUGCAGGACAUCCGGUCCAAGCUGGCGCUGAUCAGGAAGGGGGUGAGGAGCUUGAGCGACAAAGCGCCACAGCUGGACCAGCUGCUUGGGGGGGCUCGGUUGGCAGUGACCCAGGAAGGCAGCCCCAUCUCCUGCCUGGACAUGGUGGACGCCCUGGUGCGCCGCGUGGAGGAAGCGGACGACCGGCUCAUGAUCCGCCAGGAGGAGUUUCAUAAGGAGCAACAGGACCAGGGUCUUAGGCUGAAGAGGAAGACUCUGCUUGCAGAGCUGAGAAAGGUGCUGACUCUGGCAGAGAAGCAGGGACUGAAGGAGCCCACAAUCCCAGCACUGCAGCACAGGAUGCGUGUCCUGUCGGAUCUGGAGGCCCAGAUAAACUCACUUCAACCAGAGUUCGAGAACCUCAGGGGAGGCCACUCUGAGUUCUCCCCAGAGCACCAGGAGCAGGCAGAAGACAAGCUGGAGAGUCUCUGGGAUGAGACAGAGAGAUCUGUGGCUAAAAGACAGGAACAGUGCAGCAUUCUAAUGGAACUGCUGAAGAAGUUUCAGAACUGUCGCAGUUACCUAAGCGACACCAUCCAAAGGGCGGAGCAAGCUAUCAUUGAGCACGCCUCAUACAUGAGCAAAGACAACCUCCAGCGCCUCAUCACCAAGGUUUAUGAGAUCAAGGAGGACCUGAGUUGUCUGGGUCCCAAGAUGGAGGAGUUCCGAUCUGUGUGCAGGCAGUUGCAAUCUCAUCUGAAGAAAAUCCCUGACUGCUCCGAAACGCCAUUUGAAGCUGAGGCCGACGCUCUGGUGGACUCCUGGCUGGAUGUUUCCGAGAAGACGGACCAGUAUGUGGACAACCUGCAUGUGGGCCUGGAGCAGUGGGAGAAGCAGCUGUUGCUGGGUGAAGCGCUAGAGAGCUGGGCUAGCGCCAAGCUCAGCCUGUUCGCCGAGUCCCAUCCCUUCAGCAGCGAGGAAGAAGUCAUUGUUGUGAAGGAUGAGAUCCAGGAGCAGGAGGAGAGUGUCGAGCGCUUCCACAGAAAGUCCCUGGAGAUCCAGGAGAUGCUACAGAGCUGCGAGGCUCCACUGCAGCUCCAGAUUAUGGAGACUGGCCUGAGGAAAAAGAUGGAGCAGGUGAAGGAGCUGUUUUCCGAAUGCACCAGUGUCUUCCAAGAACUAAUGACUGUCCGAGCACAUCUGCUUCAGCAGAUCAAUGACUGUCGAUCAGCUGUCCAGGAAAUACAUUCUUCUGUGAGCACGCUCAGCACAGACAACAGAGCUCAACUAGAACAAUCCUUACAGGACUUUUCAGAGCAGCUGUUGGAUCAGGAGGAGCAGGCUGAGUCCUUGACGAAGGAAAUCAUGCUCAUGUCCAGUGUGAGUGGACCAAAGGCCCUAGAGGAGUUGACCAGUGGUACCAAGCAUCUUAAAGACAGCGUUGCAUCAGCACAGGAGCUCAUUUGUCAGAAAAAAGGACAAGCAAAGAAAGGUUUCGUUGUUCAGACCAUGACAGAUGAGUGCCAGUUGUUUGAGGAUUGGCUCCAGGACAUGCAGCUCACUGUGAAUGAGUGUUUUGAGAACCCAGAGAGGAGGGAGGAUGUGGACAGCUCCAUGCACAAACUGGAAGGUUUCCUGGCUUCCAAAGAAGGCGAGCAGCGUCUUGCCCAGGUGAAGGAGACAGUGGAGAGGAGGGAGCAGGAGAGGUUGUCUGCCGAGACCGAGGCCCAACUCUCUGCCUGGCAACAGGAACAGGAGGGAGAGCUCGCCACACUCAGGGCUCAUUGCCAGGGUCGGCACAAACAGCUGAAGGACAUACUGUUGAAGUUCGCCAGCAUACAGGAGGAACAUGACCAUCUUCAGGAAUGGUUACGGCAGAAUGAGCAGUUACUAGAUCAAAUGGAACAGCUCAGACAAGUCCAUGAGGAGUUUCUCAAAGAGAGCAUUCAGGUGGAAGCCUUCAUUGAUUUGCUGGCGUCUGUGAGGUUGAGGGGAUUAAGAGCAGACCCCUUGCUCAGAGACAGUGAGUCCCUGAUAGACCGUUACCACAGUCUGGGAAUUCAUCUUGAGAACCAGGCCCAAGUCCACGAAAACCUGGAGAAGGAGAUAGAAACCUUCCAUUCUCAGGAGGAGAGCUUUAAAACCUGGGUUAGGGACCUGAAACAUGGUCUGGAAUCACUACCCAAAGAUAGUCCAAUAGAGGAAAAGCUCUCCAAGGCUCAGGCUGUUUUAAACCUGAGUGCUGAGGGGGACUUCAAGCUGGCAGCUCUGAAGAAAGGAGAAGAGAGUUUGUGUGCUUAUGAGGAGCUAGAGGAAGGCAUGCGGCAGGAACUUAUACAGGCUCUGAAAAGCAUCAACGAUGAGUGGAAAAGAACUAUAGAUGUUGCUCAACAGCUAAAGGCUCAGGCAGAGCUACAACACUCAAUCAUAAAAGAACUAGAAUCACUCCAAGACCUGGAGAAGAACAUAAAAGCCUGGGUGGAGGAACAGAGGCAGAUUCUGAGCCAUCUUGAGAGAGACCCUUCAGUACAGGAAAGACACAACAAGGUUCAGGCAAUCUUGAGUCUACAGAAUGAAGGCAACACUAAGCUGACAGCUCUGAGGAAAAGAGGUGAGAGCCUGUGUUUUCAUAAGGAGCUUGAAAAUGAAAAGAGACAAAGCAUUGAUCAGAACCGGAGAGAAAUGGAGGAGGAGUGGAAGAGUGUUCUACAGGCAGCACAGGAGCUGAAGAACAAGAUUGAGUGUGAAGAUACUCUAUCCAAAGAGGUGCAGACCUUCCAAGACCAGGAGAAAAACACUCAAGCUUGGAUUAGAAAGCUAAAGGAGACCUUAGACUCCUUGAAUAAUGCAUCUCCAGUUCAGGAGAAGCUUAACAGAGCUCAGGCUGUCAUAAUCCACCGUCCCGAGGGAGACACAAAACUUGAUGAUCUGGAGAGCACGUGCAAGAGUGUGUGUGCAUGUGAAGGACUCGGAGAAGACAUAAGAGAGUGUAUCCGGCGGGAGAUGAGACGUCUACGAGAAGAGUGGGCAGGAGUGCAGCAUUUCGCUCAGGAGCUGAGGAACCAAGCCGAGCUCCAGGAAGCUCUCGCUAAGGAUCUUGAGGAUUUUAACCUACAAGAGGAGAGCAUUAGAGCCUGGGUCACAGAGCAACAUCAGAUGUUUGAGUCACUGGGCAAAGACACUCCUGUACUGGAGAGGCUUGUUAUUUUACAGGGAAUCCUGAACUUGCAGCCAGAAGGUGACUCUAAAAUGGCCGCUCUGAAAAAGAAAGGAGAGAGUUUGUUUGCCCACAGGGAAUUGGAAGACAAGAGGAAGUACUCAAUCCAGCAGACCCUCAAGGAAUUGCAUGAGAAAUGGAGAAUAGUGCUGGAAACUACCCAAGAACUUAGAAACAAGGCUGAGAUCCAGGAUUCUCUCACAAAGGAGCUUCAAACAUUUCACUACCAGGAAGAGAACACACGAUCCUGGGUUGAGGAGUUGAAGAAAGAUUUACAGUCACUGGGCCAAAGUACACAUGGCACCCAAGACCAGAUUGAGGAGAGACUCAGCAAAGCUCAAUCUAUUCUCAGCCUUCGUCCUCAAGGGAACUGCAAGAUAACAUCCUUAAAGAGAAGAGCCGAGAGUCUGUAUGGCCAUACAGACCUGGAUGAAGACACAAGACACUCACUUUCACAAAAGCUAAAGUGUUUAGAAGAAGAGUGGAAAAUAGCGAUAAAGCAUGCCCAAGAACUACACAGUCUUCUGAAGAGUGUAUUGGAGCGUCUGGUCUCUUGCCAGUGCCAGAGGCAGCAGACCCAGUCUCUGGCGGAGCAGCUAAAGCAGCAGGUGGCUGCGCUGCCCCACCUGUUCCCCUGGCCAGGUUUAGGGGAUCGCAGGCAUGCAGCGGAGCAGGCUAGUGUUCUGCUGGAGAGAGCUAGGUCUCUCACCCCCACCCUGUCGGCUCUUAGGGCCCUGGGGCGGGAGAUGAGCCAGCUCACCCGAGACCCCAGCUGGACGGACCCAACCUGGUCUGCCAUGGAGGAGUGCGUCCCAGGGCUAAUUCAAGAGUUGAUGGAAUUGUGUGAGAGCCUGGACAUGAGCAUUUCCACAGAGAGAAUCUGUGCUCAGCUGGUGGAGCAGCACAGUGCAGCACAGGAUUGGAUGAGGGAACAGGUCAGAGGUUUUGGAGCCCUGCCCACUGAUCGCCGUGGGUUACAGGGUGCCAUCAGCACUUUAAAGGCCCUCCUGCAGACUGUGGAGAGGGAGGAGAAAGAGAUGGACGAGUUGGACUCUGUCAAAGACUCCCUAAUGAACCUCUGCACCCCUGAAGGUUGUGAUGCACUGACCCUAGAAGUCAAACACCUCCAUAACCUGUAUGCCUCCUCAGAGACGGAGAUCAAAGAAAGGCUGGGUCAGUGUGAGGCCAGGUUAGCCGAGACUGAAUUAAAGCUAGCUAGCCAAAGGCAGGGUCUCAUGACGCAGGCAGAGCACCUCCUGAAAGAGUUCCGUGCUCAGGACCAUUACCUGGGAUUUGGAGAAAGCAACAAGAGUAUUAGUCAGCUACAGGAAAACUGGCACAACUUUAAGACUUGUGAGAAGGAACUGGAGGAGCUAGAGGUCAAAGUUCGUGAACUGGGGCUUGCGCUCCGUAUGCUACCGUCUGAUGAAGAUAUUCCUGCUGAUGUCAUUUCCCUUGUGGACACAGUAACUCAGCAAUACUGCAGUAUACGGUCCAAGCUGUCAGAAAGGCAGAAUGACUGUGCGGACAAUGCAGUGUGCUGUGUGAGAGAGGCACUAAAUAGACUUCAUACCUGGAACCAGUCAACAUGUACACAACCUCCUUCAAUCUCAGCCGCCAUCAUACAGGCCAUGAUAGAGGAAGGUGCAGGACUACAUAAAAACCUGCAGGUGGCGGUGUCUCAUAAGGAGCUACUCAGGGACUGCCUUGGUCCAGAGCUGGCUGGAAAGCUGGAGAGAGAUGGGACAAAUGCCCUAAAGGAUGCUGACACUCUAAUGAAUGACCUUAAACAAAGGCUAUUGGAUCUUGAAGAGAAGACUAAACAGGAAGACCUUAGAUCAUCACUGGAAACUCAAACCGUCAAAUUGGUGACACAGGAUUCCGCUGAGAUGCCCAGCACGCCAUAUACUGCAACAUCUGCUGAUCUUGACUGGUCCAAGCUAAAAGAUAUCAUCGUAACUCCAACAACCAUAGGCAGUCAUCAAACUAAGGAACCUGAUACAAGCUCAGUGGUCCAGCCUUCUGAACCUGUGCUUAGAGAGGUUUCCAUAUCAGUUACUACAGAGACUCGAUCAGAGUUAGAGUCUCCUACUGUUGAACAGCCUCUGGAAACAUUAGCAAUGGAUGCUGUCCAGGCCAAACUCCUAAAUGAUGAUCUGCCUGCUUGUGUGUUGGCUUUUGCACCAAAGCAAGAAUCUGAGGUAGAUGAGUCUGUCAUUACUGUAAAUAUCCCUAUAACAGGUAAAGAUGAGUGUGAGAACUGUACUGAGGUUGCUGUAAAGGAGUUGAAAGGAAAGGAAAAAGUACAGCCUGCCAUGUCUAAAGAAUUACCUGCCUGUGAGACCCCAGAGGAGAGUACGACCUGUGUUGAUACAUGUGGAUCAGAAUCUGUCACAGAUGGAGUCAUUUCUGCCAAAAACAAAAUGGAGAAAUCAGCUGAAGAGGAACAUGACAUGAAGGUGGAAUGUAUUCUCUCAACAACCACCUCCGUCUCUACAGUGAUGGACACGGACAGUCGAGAUAGUAAAAGGAAUGAUGAAAAGGCUAUGGUCCAGCCUUCUAAUGCACUGCAUGGACAGGUUUCCGUUACAGGCGAUGAAAAGAGUUUGGCAAAGUUUGACCCUGCAGGACAGCACAUGGGAACAACGAUGGACGAUUAUCAGACUAAAGUGAAAACAGCCGAUCUGCCAAGCGCUACAUUAGCUAUAACCUCUAAACUAGAAACCAGUGUCAGUGAAUUUGUCAUUCUUGAAAGUAGCUCCGCAAUAGUUGAGAAAGAGAAUACUUGGACUGAGAAAGAGCAGAAGGGUGGUGAAAAGAUGGUGCAGCCUUCCCUGUCUGAAGAUUUCCCUUACUCUGAGAUAUUGGUAGAAGAGAGACCCAUGGAGUUCCAUGAAUCUGAAAGUCCAAGAACAGAGGUUCAUGAAAAUACAAUCUAUACUGGUGCUCUUGGAUUGGAAUCUGUCACAGAGAAAAUAGCUUCUGAGCAAACCAGGACAGAGAAAGCACCUGAAGAAUUAGUGGAGUGUUUAUUUCCAUUAAACACCCCUGUCUCUACAGCCGUGCAUACUGAAGAAUGCAGGGAGCAUAGUAAAAAGGUUCAGGCUUCUGAACCCUUGCACAGAGAAAUUCCCACAUCACCCACUGAGGAGACUUCAGGUAGGACAGAGUCACCAGCAGCAGAACUUGCAACAUUAGAAAUGGUUGAUCACCAAAGUGAACUUGAAACUGCUGGUGUGGCUGCGCCAACUGAACUUGUAACAAAAGUCACUGAAACUGCUGUUCAAGUAAGUUGUCCUGCAACAGCAGAAGGAGAAAGUGAUGGGGGGAUUGACAAGAUUGAGAGAGAGCAAAGCAGAGGUAAAAAGCUGCAAGAUUCCUGGGGGGAAAAGCUCAAUGAUGAAGAGACAAUAGUGGAAGGGUUGUACAAGGAGAUGCCUGGAUCUGAGGGCCUACAAACUAUGAGUGAAGAGAGUAGCUUAAGAGCUGAUUCUGGGGUAUUAGGUUCUAAGAUAGAAACCACAGCUGAAGAUGUACUUGGAAAGAGUCUUUAUAUACCUGGUCCCAAAGUACUUCUGGAAGGGGACAGUAAAGUUUCAAAAAAGAAAGUUGCAACACUAAUUCUUGAUACUGACACAGUGCACAUUCAUAGUGCUGAAAUCCUGGGCUCAAAUGACCAUGAUACUGCGAGAAUUGUUACAGCUGCAGCCAUUGGAUAUGACACAACAUUGUCUCAACCACUGGAAAUUUUGGAGAAUGUCAUUCCAAUUGAGUCAGAUGUAACAAGAGAACAUUCAAAUGACAGUCAGGACCUUGUUUGUUCAAUGAAUGUGACUGUAUCCAGUAAACCAUGUCAGCUGCAUGCCACUGAGCAAGGAAUCAACAUCCCUUUACAGAGUCCUGUACUCUCUGCUCAGACAAUUGAAACUCAAUACAGUGAAGCUUCUCCUACAAGAGCUAUUGCAGCUUUGAGUGGAAACAAUGAACCAAAUGCUGUUCUUGCUGAGAGAGAGGGAAGCUGGGCUAUAGACAUUGGCCCACAGGAAGCUUAUUCAGUUAGGGAACCAUUUACUCUGGAUCAAUGGACUGUGGAUACUGACCCAACAGAGAUUCUGGAGCAAACAGAGAUACACCGAGAACUGGUUGCAGAUACAAUCAUGGCACAAACAGAUGCUAGCAGAAGUAAAUGCGACGAAGCAGAAGGUGUCGGUGCAGCCCUUGAAAAAGGUGAAAAAGAAUUUGAUAAAGAGUCAGUUUCAGAUACAGUGGAGGCUAAGGACAAACCAACCCCUCCAGCUACGUAUGGGAAGGAAGCUUAUAGUUUGUCACUCAGUUCAGAGGUCCAGUCAGAGGAGGUUAAUGCUCAUGCUGUUCCUUCUAGUCAACAUUACAAAGAUGAUGAUAAGAUUUUACUGAACACUGAAGCCCAAGUACCUCAUGCAGAGGUUCUCACAAUUCCACUGAACAGACAACAUAAAGACAAACUAGGAAGUAAAAGGUUAUCACAUAAUCUUGAUUAUCAACCAACUCCUCCAACAAGAAUACAAAAAGAAAUGGGAGACGUUAGAAGAAUUUCACUUGAUCUUGAGACCCAAACAAUAACACCAGCUAGAAGACAUAUAGAUGAAGAAGACAGGACUGAUGACAAAGCUAUUGAGGAGCCUUUUGUAAAACCAACCCCACCAAUAAGACAAAAAGCAAGUCAAACUGAAAGUGAUAUAAUUUCUGUUGUUGCCGAGACCCAAAACUUGGAGGAGACUGUGGUGAGACCAUCACCUCUAAAUAUGAGUGACCAGGUAUCCAGUGAAAUGGCUAGCAAAAUUACUGGAAGCCCUGAUUUGGAGCAAGAUACAGCUGUUGAAGAGCCUCUUGCAAAACCAACCCCACCAGUGAGAAAAAAACAAAGUCAAGCUGAAAGGUACUUAAUUUCAGGGGUUUCUGAAGAAAGUGAGGAGACUUUGAAGAAACUGACUCUGCCAACAAGAAGGAAAGAUAUCAGAAAUGUGAGUGACAUUGUAUCCACUGAAAUGGUUAGCAGAAUUUUUGAUAGCACUGACUUGGAGAAAACACUGAUACAAGAAGAAAACGCUAUUAAGGGACCUCUUGUAAAACCAACCCCACCAGUGAGACGAAAAUUAACUCAAACUGAAAGUGAUAUAAUUUCAGUGGUUUCUGAAACUCCCAAAAUUGAAGAGGCUUUUGUGAAACCAACUCCUUCAACAAGACGAAAAGAUAGUAGAAAUAUGAAUUACAUUGUAUCUGGUGAAAUGGCUAGCAGAAUUGCAGACAGCUCUGAAUUGGAGAAGACACUAACACAAGAGACAGAUAUUGAGGAACCUCUUGUAAAACCAACCCCACCAGUGAGAAGAAAAGCUAGUCAAGCUGAAGGUGGCAUAAUUUCAGUGGUUUCUGAAACCCCCAAAAUAGAGGAGGCUUUUGUGAAGCCAACUCCUCCAACAAGAAGAAAAGAUAGUAGAAAUAUUAAUUACAUUGUAUCUGGUGAAAUGGCUAGCAGAAUUGCAGACAGCUCUGAGUUGGAGAAGACACUAACACAAGAGACAGAUAUUGAGGAACCUCUUGUAAAACCAACCCCACCAGUGAGAAGAAAAGCUAGUCAAGCUGAAGGUGGCAUAAUUUCAGUGGUUUCUGAAACCCCCAAAAUAGAGGAGACUUUUGUGAAACCAACACCACCAACAAGAAGAAGAGAUAGUAUAAAUGAUAGUAACACUAUGUCCACUGAAAGUGGUAACAUAAUUACUAGAACCCCUGAUUUGGAGAAGACAGUCCCACAGGAGAGAGCUGUUGAGGAGGCCCUUGGAAAACCAACCCCACCAGUGAGAGAAAAAUUAACUCAAACUGAAAGCGAUAUCAUUUCAGUGGUUUCUGAAACCCCCAAAAUGGAAGAGGAUUUGGUGAAACCAUCUCCUCCAACAAGUGAGAAACAUAUAAAUAUGAGUGACACUAUAACUGGUGAAAAUAAUAGCAGAAUUACUGACAGCUCUGAACUGGAGAAGACACUAAAACAUGAGACAUCUAGUGAGGAGCCUCUUGUAAAACCAACCCCACCAGUGAGAAGAAAAGCUAGUCAAGUAGAAUAUGACAUCAUUUCAGUGGUUUCUGCAACCCCAAAAAUAGAGGAGCCUCUUGUAAAACCAACUACACCAGUGAGAAGAACAGCUAGUCAAACUGAAAGUGAGAUAAUUUUAGGGGUUUCAGAAUCCCAAGAAACAGAGGAGACUUUGGUAAAAUCGACACUGCCAACAAGAACAAGAGAGAGCAGAAAUGUGAGUGAUAUUGUAUGUAUUGAAGAGGCUAGCAGAAUUUCUGAGAGCACUGAUUUAGAGAACACACCAACACAAAAGGCUGCUGUUGAGGAGACGCUUAUAAAACCAACCCCACCAGUGAGGCAAAAAACCGGUCAAGCUGAAAAUGAUAUAAUUACAGUGGUUUCUGAAACUCCAAAAAUAGAGGAGGCUUUUGUGAAACCAAAACCACCAACACGACGAAGAGAUAGUAUAAAUGUUAGUGGCACUGUAUCCACUGAAAGUGAUAGCAUAAUUGCUAGUAGCACUGAUUUGGAGAAGGCAGUCCAACAGGAGACAGCUGUUGAGGAGGCUCUUGUAAAACCAACCCCACCAGUGAGAGAAAAAUUCAUUCAAAUUGAAAGUGAUAUAAUUUCAGUGGUUUCUGAAACCCCCAAAAUGGAAGAGGCUUUGGUGAAACCAUCUGCUCCAACAAGACAGAAAGAUGGUAAAAAUAUGAGAGACACUGUAUCCGAUGAAAUGGCAAGCAGAAUUGCCGACAGCUCUGAAUUGGAGAAGACACUAAAACAAGUGACAGCUAUUGAGGAAUCUCUCGUAAAACCAACCCCACCAGUGGGAACAAAAGCUAGUCAAGCUGAAGGUAACAUAAUUUCAGUGGUUUCUGAAACCCCCAAAAUAGAGGAGACUUUUGUGAAACCAACACCACCAACAAGAAGAAGAGAUAUUAUCAAUGUUAGUGGCACUGUAUCCACUGAAAUUGAUAACAUAAUUACUAGUACCACUGAUUUGGAGAAGACAGUCCCACAGGAGACAGCUGUUGAAGAGGCUAUUGGAAAACCAACCCCACCAGUGAGAGAAAAAUUAAUUCAAACUGAAAGUGAUAUAAUUUCAGUGGUUUCUGAAACACCCAAAAUGGAAGAGGCUUUGGUGAAACCAUCUGUUCCAACAAGACAGAAAGAUGGUAGAAAUAUGAGUGACACUGUAUCCAGUGUAAUGUCUAGCAGAAUUGCCGACAGCUCUGAACUGGAGAACACUCUAACACAAGAGACAGCUAUUGAGGAGCCUCUUGUAAAACCAACACCACCAGUGGGAACAAAAGCUAGUCAAGCUGAAGGUGACAUAAUUUUAGGGGUUUCUGAAUCCCAAGAAACAGUGGAGACUUUGGUAAAAUCGACACUGCCAACAAUAAUGAGAGAGUGUAGAAAUGUGAGUGAUAUUGUAUCUAUUGAAAUGGCUAGCAGAAUUUCUGAGAGUACUGAUUUAGAGAACACACCAAUACAAGAGGCUACUGUUGAGGAGACUCUUGUAAAAUCAUCCCCACCAAUGAAAAGAAAAGUUAGUCAAGCUGAAGGUAACAUAAUUUCAGUGGUUUCUGAAACCCCAAAAAUAGAGGAGACUUUUGUGGAACCAACACCACCUACAAAAAGAAGAGAUAGUAUAAAUGUUACUGGCACUGUAUCCACUGAAAGUGAUAGCAUAAUUACUAGUAGCAUUGAUUUGAAGAAGACAGUCCCAAAGGAGACAGAUGUUGAGGAGGCUCUUGUAAAACCAACUCCACCAGUCAGAGAACAAUUAAUUAAAACUGAAAGUGAUAUAAUUUCAGUGGUUUCUGAAACCCCCAAAAUGGAAGAGGCUUUGGUGAAACCAUCUCCUCUAACAAGACAGAAAGAUGGUAAAAAUAUGAGUGACACUGUAUCCGGUGAAAUGGCUAGCAGAAUUGCUGACAGCUCUGAAUUGGAGAAGACACUAAAACAAGAGACAGCUAUAGAGGAACCUCUUGUAAAACCAACCCCACCAGUGGGAACAAAAGCUAGUCAAGCUGAAGGUAACAUAAUUUCAGUGGUUUCUGAAACCCCCAAAAUAGAGGAGACUUUUGUGAAACCAACACCACCAACAAGAAGAAGAGAUAUUAUCAAUGUUAGUGGCACUGUAUCCACUGAAAUUGAUAACAUAAUUACUAGUACCACUGAUUUGGAGAAGACAGUCCCACAGGAGACAGCUGUUGAGGAGGCUAUUGGAAAACCAACCCCACCAGUGAGAGAAAAAUUAAUUCAAACUGAAAGUGAUAUAAUUUCAGUGGUUUCUGAAACACCCAAAAUGGAAGAGGCUUUGGUGAAACCAUCUGUUCCAACAAGACAGAAAGAUGGUAGAAAUAUGAGUGACACUGUAUCCAGUAUAAUGUCUAGCAGAAUUGCCGACAGCUCUGAACUGGAGAACACUCUAACACAAGGGACAGCUAUUGAGGAGACUCUUGUAAAACCAACACCACCAGUGGGAACAAAAGCUAGUCAAGCUGAAGGUAAUAUAAUUUCAGUGGUUUCUGAAACCCCCAAAAUAGAGGAGACUUUUGUGAAACCAACACCACCAACAAGAAGAAGAGAUAUUAUCAAUGUUAGUGGCACUGUAUCCACUGAAAGUGAUAGCAUAAUUACUAGUAGCACUGAUUUGGAGAAGACAGUCUCACAGGAGACAGCAGUUGAGGAGGCUCUUGUAAAACCAACCACACCAUUGAGAAGAAAAGAUAGUCCAGCUGAAAGUGACAUAAUUUUAGGGGUUUCAGAAUCCCAAGAAACAGAGGAGACUUUGGUAAAAUCGACACUGCCAACAAGAAUGACAGAGAGCAGAAAUUUGAGUGAUAUUGUAUCCAUCGAAAUGGCUAGCAGAAUUUCUGAGAGUACUAAUUUACCACCAACACAAGAGGCUGAAACAAUUCCUAUAUCUCAGUUUCAGGAGACUGUGGUUAAACCACCUCCAGCUUUGAAAGAAAAUUAUAGUAAAUUAGAGACUGAGAAACUAUCUGAAACUUUUAGCUCAGAAUUUGAAGAUGCUCUGCCUAAAUCUCCUCCACCAAAUGGACAAAAGAAAGAUACAACUGUUAAUAAAAUAGUUUCAGUUAAAUUAGAAGAGUUGCCAAUAAAACUAGCUCCACCAUCCAUGCACAAAGAAGAAAGUGAGAAAGUUGAGGUCCAACAAAUAACUCAACCAAAUGAGGUCUGGACUCAGAUUGAAGACAUCAAUUUUGUUCCGACACAAGAUAUACAGCAGUCAGAGGCUGGUGUUCAGAAUGUUUCUGUUAGCAGUAUUGACGGUCAGUCACAGAUUACAGAAGAGGAAGAACCACUUGGUCCCACAAUGAGAGAUAUCUUCACUGAGAUUAAAAAGAUGUCCAGGAUAGGACCAAACAGUCUGCUAAUGGAGACCACGCCUCGGGAAGACACACUGGAGAUUCUGGACACAUCCGUCACAGACAUUGAGGCCCAGUUAAAUAGACUGGUGUUUCGAAUACUUGGCUGUCGCAACCUCCCAGCAAUCCUCAAUCCUACCGACAUGGCCAAACAAGUAGAAGAAGCUGAGUGUUGUAGACAGAGUGCUCAGAAACAGGUUUCUUCAAUGUCGAAGCAAGACCAUGCUAAUGGUGAUAUUAGCGUUGUUGCCAAUGGCUCAGGUUAUGACCCUGAGGCUAUGCAGCGGCUCAGUUGCCAGUGGACAGCAGCAUUAUGGGAUGCGACUGGAACUGUACACUCCAAGGAGGCCCAGUUGCAGCUUGUUAUUGAUUACAGCAGGCAGACACAGAAAGUUAAAGCUACCCUUGAGAAAUUGGCAGCUGAGCUGGAAGCUUUGAUGAUAUCUCCAGCUGAAAGUAGUUUUGUUGAGGAGCAGAGACUUCGCUCCUUUCUGAGGACAAUGGACCAGGAGAGGGCCGUUUUGGGGGAGGUUAUUCGGACUCAUUCCCAACUAUCAUCCCACCUCAGCCAACCUGAGGAAGCAGCAGCACAGGACCAACAGAGAAUCUUGCAAAGUGAAUGGAGGUCAUUGGAGAGAUCCACUGAAAAGAGAUUACACAAUGUGUGUGCUUAUACAAAAGAGAGUUUUAACCUUCUACAGGACCUUGGUGACUUAAAGGACCAUCUGGACUACCUCCAAAAGAUCUUAGUGCCACUGGGGAUGUCACCUGUUGUUUGGCACAGUAAGAAGGUUCAAGAGAUGAUUGGGCUCAGUGCUGACAUCACUGCUGCACAGCAGUGGUAUUUCUGCCUCCAGCAGAGCUCUCAUGCUCUCUCUCAAGGAUUAAACUUCAAGACAGAAGCAUUCAGCAUAGAGCAAGGCUUACAGGCUAUCAAAGAUCAGCUGGACAUAAUUGAUGAGCAGGUGGCUUCUUCUUUCCCAAAGAGCAGCAACCCAACACUGGAAAAAAUUGUCAAAGUGAUAAAAGAUGCCCUGGCUUGGGGCAAGCAGGCAGAGUGUGACAUUCAAAGGAAGCAAAAGAAGGUGUCUCUUCUUCCAGAAGAGGUCCAUCAGCAGAUCAAGGAUCUUAAAAAGCUGCAAUCAGACAUUAAUUCUAAGCAUAUGCAAUUAGAAGCCCUAACAGAAGAAGUAACACAGUUUAUCCCUAAACUCGAUAAAUCUGAUAUUCCAAUGGUCAUGUCAUUUCUGGAAAUCUUGGAGGGUCUGUCCCAGUUGACAGCAGAAAAACUAACCAGUGCCAUAGGACAGAUGGAAUCAAGUCUUCAGACCCGAGAGAAGAUGUCAGAGCAGAUAGCAGAUGUGGAUUCCUGGGUCCUGGGACACCUCCAGAGGGAGGCUCUGCGGAGAGAGGACUACCAAAGCCUCAAUGCGGAAGAUCUUGAUCGUAGGAUAAGGCAAAGUCAAGACACCCUUGUUGAGGCAGAAAAACAAUCAGCAGUCACAGAGGCUCUGCUAAUGAAUAGUAAAGACAUUGCCUCAGAGCUUAGCAUCUUGGAUAAUAGCUGGCUAAAUGAGAAAAUCACCAAGCUUCAAGAAGACAUAAAGGAGGUCGUCAGUUAUGAACAAUUUCGCAUUCAAGAGAUAGCCGAUCUUUUGCAGAGCCUUCAGUCUUCUCAGAGGAAGGUAUGUUCUUUAGAGGAAGGCUUGAGGCAAAUAAUGGUAGAUGUGAGAGGAUGUCGAUUUCCCAUUACUAAGGACACACUAUCUGCUGUAGAGCCCUUCAAACACAUGAUUAUUGAUCACAAAUACCAGCUGGAGCAAGUAAAUCCUUGUGCGGAAGACAAGAGGAAAGAGCUGCUAUGUGUGAUCACUGAGCUACACCAUACAAUAAAGGCUUUAUAUAUUAAAGCUAAAAACCACGAAAAGUUCCUCAGCCUCAGGCAAUGUGUGGAAGAUCUCAGGGAAAAUGUAGAGGUCCAAGUUCCUAACACUAAAAACGAAAGCAUUGACAAAGAGAAACGCUAUAAAACCUGUCAGGCUCUGCUUGUCCACAUUCCUCUCAUCAAACGUCUGUGUAAGGAGACAUCGGACGAGCUUGAGCACAUUUCACCAGAUCUUUACCCAUCACAGCUAACUGCUGAACAGCAGAGACUCAGACAAAACCUCGAAAAUCUUAACACUUGGGAAUUGGCUAUCAAAAAUAACCUUCUUAUUAUGGAAUGGGAAAUUCUACAAGGAGUGCAUUAUCCUUCAGAACGAAGGAUAGUGCAAGAUUUCCUCAAUGAGACUAAUUGGGUGCUGGAGCAGAUGUGCAAGGUGGAGCCCACACAAGAAGCUGUUGAAAAAGAAAUCAGGAAGUCCAUUAAUCUCAGGAAGAACAUUGAAGCUAGAAUGCGAGUUGUAGAUGUUCUGCAAAGCAAAAAAGGUCGAUUUGAGCAGAGGUCAGAAAAGUCACAAUAUCUCAUGGAAAUGGCAAAAACUGCUUUAGACAACUGUGACCAACGAAUGGAUAAUCUAUCAAGUGCAAAGGGGCUACUGAAAAAUUAUUCCAUUGAGGUCACCAGUACCAUCCAAUUCCUCCAGAGGACUGAGUCAGUUCUGCUUCCGUCCCUGUGCUCAGCCAGGAGCUGCUCAGAACAGCUGAAGGACAUGCAGCAGGCCCUGUCAGUGCUAGACACUGACUUCCAAACUCAUGUUAACCAACUUCAGACUCUUGCGCCCUUCCAUCUUUAUUUUUCCAAGCAGAGGAUUGAACACCUCCGUGCUGAAAUUUUAAGUCAUCUCCUGGUCCGAGUGUCCACACUUAAAGCCCAGGCCCAACUCAGGCUAGAAGCUUUACUGAGGUGUGUUAACUGCCAGAAAGCAACUCGUAUAUGCUAUGAAAAUUUAUGCCAGCAAGUGAGGGACUUGGAAACAAUUCUUGCUGAGUGCGUUUCUAAAAAAAUCACAUCUCAGAAGGACUAUAGUGAGCAGCUGGACAAACUUAAGACAUUGGUUGAGGAGGUAGACACUCUACCAGGACAACUGGAAGCGCUUCGAGAGUGGUGUCCAGUGCUAGGUUGCCGUGCCAACAGGGAGGAUGCUGUGAGCGCCCUCUGGGGGCAGGUGAAUAGACUGCAGCGAUGUACCAAAGAUCUGAAAGCACACUUGGAGCAGAAAGGAGAGGAAUGGAUAAGCAUCACAAAUAGUAUGGAGCAAGCUUCAGUUGUGCUGGACGAGGUGAUGGCUGAGCUGCCCGAGGGGGGUCGUGAGAAAGCCAGCAGGGAGGAACUGCAUGAGCUGCUGCAGUUUUGGUCAGACUACCAGGACAAACUAGACUGCCAGCAUCGGGCUCUCUCUGCACUGGAGCUUCGAGUCGCCAGGUUACUGGGAGUCCCCGCCCACGUGGAGCAAGCCCCGCCCAUCCCACUGUGCCAGCAGCUACAAACCAUGCAAGAGAGCUAUCACAGCCUAAAGGAGCGGAGUGCCAAAGCUUGUAAGGCCACUCGGGCAGAGGUGGAGGAGAGGGAGAGGGUGCAUGAGGAACUGCAGGGCAUCAGGGAGUGGAUCAUAGCCACAGUGACCUUCCUCUCAGCGCUGGAGCAGUCACCUAGCACCAAAAAGCUACAGGGAGUUCACGCAGAGCUGUGUACCCAGAAGGCUGUGCUGCAGCGUGUCAUGGAGCGCUUGAGGAUGAAAUAUUCUGACAUGUACACCCUCGUUCCUGUGGAGAUAGAGGGCCCACUACAGGAAGUCUCUCACUCCCUACAGGAAGUGGAGGAGAAGGUGGAAGACGCAGUGGAGAGGUGUGGCCCCGUGCACAGGCUGGGUGCUAAGAUGGCGGAGAUAAUGGCCGGACUAGAGAGCGUGCAGAGCUGGCUGGAGCACCGGAGCCCCAACGUUCCGGAGGCCGAGAAAACCCUGAAGCGUGUGUGGGAUGAGCUGGACGGCCUGCAUUCGCGCCUGGCAGCCGUGGAGGUGGAACUUCAGGAUGUCAGUGAGGAGGAGGCGUGGGGUCUGAUGGAGAGUCUGGCUCAGACUCAGCAGGCACACGCACGCCUCGCCAAGCAGGCCGAAGAACGCACGGCCUUCCUCAACAAGAUACACAGGUGGCUGCAGGAACAUCAGGAGAUGGUGCAGGGUGCUCAGAGCUGGAUCACUGAAGCACAGAUGUGGCUGACAGCACCAUGCACUUAUACCACUGCCAGAUGCUUGUAUAGCCAUGUUAAUGCUCUACAGCUGGUACUGGAUGACUCAGCACAGAUCCGCCAGACCCUGCAGGGUUUUGACAGUGUGCUGAGGGAGAUGGCGAGUGUGUGUGACACCAGCCGCCUGCAGCACAAGUUGUCAGACACAGACCGCAGGGUAGCAGACACCCAGAACAGCCUGCUGGAACCUGUGUCACAGCUGGAACAUGCUGCAGCUGAGGUGGAUGCCAUGGAGUCUGAGCUGAAGGUCAUGGAGAAAGAUGUGCUGGACCUCAGAUCAGCUCUGACCUUGAAAGAGGGCAUCAGCCAGGAUAAACUCAAGGCUGUUGAAGACAGAAUUGAGCUGAUGAAGAAUACUGUAGCUGAAAUACAGAACUGUAAGGCUGGACUGGGUUUACCUGAAGGGGUGGAAAACUCACUCACUGUGUUCAAGAGUGCUGAGUUACUGCUGAAUCAACUACUGGAACUAGAGCAGCUGGUUCUGGAAGACACCAUCAUGGUAAUGGAGCCUCCUCUUGGGCCGUGUGAGAGGGCACCCCUCACUGUUUUCCCAAGCAUUGCUGAAGAGGACACGCAGGAGAGCAGUCUGGAUCAGGGGCAGACUGAGAUCGUUCACGUUAGGGAGAAUGUGUUAACAUGGCCUGGAGCUGCACUGAUGACUGUGAAGGAGUCCACUGUUGAGCAGAGACUUGGCUGGAUGAAUGAGGAGAGCAGCAGGUCCCCGGAUCACACAUGGGUCUGUGCAGGACCCACGCCAGCUGAUGUUCCAGUGGACUCCGCACAGCGGGAGAGGACAGACACUGAUUCCAAGGUGGCAGAAGGCACAUGUCUCCCCUCAGGAGCAAGCACCUCGGAAGCUGUUCCGAAACCCCCGGCCACUGUGCGGACGCAGUCUUCCCCCAGAGACCUGGUAACCGAAACUCUGUUCGUUAGAGAGCCCUCCAAACCCCCCUCCAGCAACCAGCUAAAGUGUGUGGAUCUCCUAGAACUAGAUCCCUCUGUUCAGUGCAUUUACAUGGUGGCCAUGCUCCGAGCUGCCGUAAGGCAAAACGAGGUCCGAUUCGGAGCGGGAUCCUUCCGCAGGGCGGUCAUGACCUCUGCCCAAGAGAAGGACAGGUCAGCAGGGAAGGAGCCAGCACAAGAAGGGGGAGUUCCGGCAUCUUCUGCGGAGGCUGUGGAAGUUCCGGGGCACAAGACGUUAGAAACGCAUGCAGUGGCCUCCAGUGUGGGAGGUCUAGUCCCCACAGUCAAUACACAUCAACUCAGUGUUCUAGGCCCAGACCAGAAUAUACACUCACCUGCCCAUUCUGUAGAAACACAGCCCCUAGCAGUACAGCCAUUACAGAACGUUCAGUCUGAGAUUAUACACAUCAAGGACACACACUCGGAGACCGUGUUCACACCCAGGCCAGGGAGGACUCGGGCAGCGAUCAUACUGGGCCCAGGAGAAGCAGGGGACUGCACUAGCCACCUCCCCAGCGACGGACUCUUUCUUGCCUGCCAGGAGAGAGCUUCACAGCUGGAGGUCUGGCUGGAAGAGGCCCAGUUAAGUCUCACAGGGCCGGUGCUGCCGAAUCGGAACAGAACCAUGCAGGACAGUGUAGAGAAACAGCUCCAGUGCUGUCAGGAGAUGUUUCUGGACCUCGAGCAGAAGGUGUCCAGUCAUUCUUCACUUGGUCAUGAUGAAGAGGAGAAGAUUGCUCUGAUUACCAAACUGCAGGUCCUGAAGAACAAUUUAGUUACUGUUCAACUACUGCUGCAGGAGAGAUACAGCGAGGAACAGGUGUGUGUUGGGAGAGAUCACCCCCUGCAGGCUCAGCUUCAACACAGCACCAGUGUGCAACAGAUUCUGACCUCCAAGGGCAAGAUCUUCAGACAGAGCAGCCUGCAACAGCAGCGGGAGUUAGAGCAAGGUUUGAGUGAACAGAAGGAUCUGACAAAGGCCAUUGUAGAACAAGGAACCAGAGCCCUGCUACACAGCCAGUCUACAGAGGAACACAACAGUGUCUCUGCACCAGUAUCAGAGGAUGAACUGAGACAGGAAGAGGAGGAGUCAGCGCAGAGAAAGUGGGCUCACCUCCACAGAAGACUGACCCAGAGAGCAGGAGAACAGCAGGGAGACGAGGACGAGGUCUCAGAGCAGGCUCCUGGACAACAGCAGGGAGACGAGGACGAGGUCUCAGAGCAGGCUCCUGGCCAGAUAUCCACGCCAUCUGUGUGUGUGUGGAACUAUGAUGAUGGAGCAGUGUGUCUACAGGAGCUGCAGUCACACAGCAUACACCUCAAAAAGCUGGUGCAUGCUGCAUCUUCAGCACCUGACAUGCAGACAGUGGAUGAAGGCUUAUUUGAGCUUCUGAGUGGGAUUGAGCGUUCCCUCUCAUCUCUCUUACACACACUCCUCUCGGACACAGGAACCAUUCAUGCUGAUGCACACCACCAGCUACUGCAGUUACAGAGUCUGUCUGCCGAGCUGACCUCUUUAGGUGCUGAGCUGACCUCUCAGGGGUCAGAGCUCAUGAGGUCGUUAGGCUCAGGCUCAGGGACCCGAGGAGCCAGUGCGUGUUUGGGUCUGGCACAGGCUCGUGUGAGCAUGGUGCAGAACAUCUUGUCGGGCAGACAGCACCAGCUUCAGAAGCAGAUGGAUCACAUGCUGGAGAAGCAGAGGAAGAUUAAAAAUCUGCAUGCUUCCUUGCUCGCUAACACCUCAGCCCCGGAAGUCCGGCAGUGUGACCUUCCGACGCAGCUCCAGGCUGUUGCCAGGCUACGGCAGGAGCUUCGGGAGAAGGAGCAAGAGCUGGCCGAUCUGAAAGAGGAUGCGGGCAGCGAGGGACAGGCACCGGGGCUGACCCUGGAGAUCACGACGCUGGAGAGCAUGUUGGACAGGCUGUGGUGCGGUGUGAGGGAGCGUUGUGCUGUACUACACUAUGGACAGGAUCAGCAGUGUCAUGGGGAGCGGCUUCUGCAUGGCCUGAGGAACCUGGUGGAGCUGGCCAGGGACAGACUCACCUCUGCCACGCAACUACAGCUGCACAGUCCUGAAGAGCUUCACACAUACCUGACUUCGCACACGAAGUUCUUCCUGUCUCUGGGAACCCGCCUGCAGUCUCUGCAGCAGCUGAGCAGCCGGACGCCAGACAGCGCCCUCUGUGGGCGGGAAGCUGCCGUGGCGGAUUUGGAAGAGCAGGUGGAAGGCCUGCAGCGACAGGCCCAGGAGGCGGGGACUGCUCUACAAGCAAUACUGCGGCUCUGGUCUGAGUGGGAGGAAAGUCAGUCCUGGUUGGAGAAACUACUACAAGACCUGGAGAUUCAACUUCCCAAAAUGCACUUGGGGGAGCAAAUGGAUGAGGCACUACAGGAGAGUCUCUCAACAUAUGAGACGUUGCAGAUGAUCCUUGAGCAGAACAGAGUGCAGAUCUGUCUCACUUUGGAUCAGCCACGCAGGUUACAGAGAGAGCCCAUGUCCGAACAUGGUGCGGGCGUGUCCUACGAUGUGGAAGGCAUUGUCGUGCGCCGAGCAGGUGUGUCUUCCCUGAGGCUGAAGCAGCGUUUGGCUGCUCUGCGGAGGAAGGUGGAGCAUGGACAAGAUUCCGCCCGCCAGAUGAAAAAACUAUGGAGCAGGUACCGCCGAGACCAUGCAGCGCUGAACAAGUGGAUGAGCAAAACCAGAGAAUGUCUGCACACCUGGAUCGGUCACAUGACCUCACCUAAUCAGGAAGCACAUCAAGCUCUGUCUCACUACAAAGAAUUUAUAGAGCUGAGUAAGGAACUGGAGGUGACUUCAGUGCUGAAGGCUUCUGUGAUCAGUGCCGGUACUGAAAUCCUGGCACUCAGUGAGAGAGUUCAUCAGGACGGUCCCUCCCAGCCUACCGGCACCACGGCCCGAUCCGCUCUCGAGACCACCGUUGCCGUGCGCCAGCCUGCAGGGGAGGACGCUCCUGAUAAGGACGUUUGUUCAGUUAAGAACAACAUCACCGUAGACACUGUUUCUGCAGUGGACCCCGUCCUAGUAGAAGACGUCUCCACUAAUGGAGACAGCCGUUCCCAAGCUCAUGCCUCCGCUGAACUCCUCACCAUGCCCUUUUCGAAUGAAGGGACAACUACCAUCCAGGAUGAAUGUCCAGAAGACGGAUUACCAACUAAAGACAUCAGUGGCUCCGUCCGUCCCCAGGCCGUCGACACCUGCGGAGGGAGCUCCACGUCCAGAGAGGUUAUGUUAGGAGACGGCUGCGGCCCCGGGCAGAGUGCACCGGUCUGGACGGCAGCCCUGUCCCCUGCCCUGCUCACGCUGCAGUCUCACCUCGCUCAGACGGAGCAGCGCUGGGCAGAGACCUACGCCCUCGUCCCCACCACCCAGCUGUGUCUACACCAGCGUAUGGUGGAGAGGAUGUGUCCCCAGGGACUGCUGGCCCAGGCGGGGAGCUGGAUCUCCACAGCCGAAGCCAGGCUGCAAGAGGCCGCGUGGGAGCUCCCGCCCUGCGCCACCGCACCACGCCUCCAAAAACUCCUCAGCACAUAUAAGGUCCUGAAGCGUGAGAUGUCAUGUGAGCAGAUGUCGCUGGGCUUCCUCACCCAGUCCGUGCUGAAGCACAGUGAGCUGGACUGCCCAAGCCACAGACACAGACACACAGCAUUCGCCGAGCAGCUCGGCACGCUGAACCUCCGCUGGGAGGCGCUGAGUGCAGAGCUCAACACACAGGUGUGCAAUGUGGAGCAGCUCCUGGGUAUCUGCACAGACAGAGAUGGCAAACUGAGGCUCCUGCGUGACUGGGUGAUGCGCCACAGUGCCUGGAUGCGAUUGGCAGAGAGACCUGUCAGUCUAUCUCUGGCAGAACACAGUCUGAGAGAUUGUGAGGAACUGGAAGCCAAGCUGAAUGCAAAGUCCGCCGAGCUAAGUGAUCUGAGGAAGAGGAAGCUGAGUGCCGAUGAAGAGCACGGGGACACAGAUUUCAUCAGGCAGACACGCAGGGUCUCGCUGUCUCUGAGUGACCUCGCUCAGCAGAACCAUGCUCUGAAGAAGACUCUGCAGCAGGUUUGUAAGGCGUGGUCUCAGUUUGACAGUGGGCGGAGGAAGGCAGGUCUCAACACUCUGAGACUCUCCCAAUCAUUGGAGUAUUGCCACACCACACAGACCCCCCUCGCAGCCUUCCAGAAAGGCACCGAUAGGCUCCAGGCACUGCAGGACGAGGCUGAGCAGAUUGACCGACAGUGGGAGGAGCUUAGCGACACACUGGCCACCCUUACUGAUGGAAUCAACACAGGCACCUCCCAGUUAUUAUCUGAAGAGUUGGAGAAAGACAGAGCACGGUGGUCGGAGGUAAAGCAGAACCUCACACACACAUCUCGGCAGUUUCACACACUGCUGCAGGUAUGGCGGCGCUAUUCGGCUCUGGCAGGCAGCUGCUCACAGCGGCUAGAGCAGUACAGAGAGCAACUCUCCACUCUGGCAAAGACCACAGCUGAACCGCAGAGCAGCACGGAGAAGCUGACAGCCAGUGUGCGACACGUGUGUGAGCUGCUGACUGGCAUGGAUAGCCUGCAGAAUGACCUGGACCAGGUACUCCAAACCUCCAAAGAGCUGAUUGGACAGAUGGAGCCCACAGUAGCCGUCUUCAUCCAAUUGGAAUGUCGGUUGUUGACACGUGGGUGUCUCCAGUUAGAGGAGGCCUUUAAAGAGAAGCUAUGGACAAUGCAGGAGGAACUGAAGCAGUUUGAGGAAUUUGAACAGUUGCUGGAGUCUCUAGAAACACACUUAGAGGAGUGGCAGAGCAACCAAAGGACCCACACAGACACAGAUAUAUCUGAGUCAGGUCUGUUGGAGUUGAGUUCUUACUCUGCUGACCUUGAACUGCUGAAUGAACUGAGCUACAGACUAGCCCUCGGUGAACCCACGACCCAGAAGUUACAGAGCCUGAACAGGAAGUGGGUUCAUGCAUCUGCGCUUGCUCAGGAGAGAUGCAGUGAACUCCAGGCAGUGUCUCUUCAACAGAAGAGUUUUGAGGAAAGAUGUAAGACCUGGACAGUUUUUCUGCAGCGGAUGGAGGACAGCCUCGUGGUAGAGAUUUCAUCAACCUACCCUGGACUUCGAGAGCAGCUACGCACACACCAGCGGUUCCAGGCUGAGUUGCCCCUAGGACACCAGAUUCUACACUCUGUCAUCACUGGGGCACUGCACUUGCUCAACAGAGGAGAGGUGGAGGACAGGAGCGACUUCCUCCUGAAGCUGGCCCAGCUGAGGGAGCGCUGGCAGGAGGUGGUGUGGAGGGCGGCUCAGGGGCGCUCCCUGGUGGUAGGACUGACGCAGCACUGGCGUCUCUACACUCGCACACUGCACAAGCUCCAACGCCUGCUCACGCUCGCGCAUGCCCUGGUUCCGCCCGCCGGCCUCACGCACCGCAGCGUCCCGCAGCUUAGGCGCUUGUGGGACGACAUGGAGCGUGCUGAGAUGCUCUUCCAAAGGUCUCUCUCCAGCUAUCUGCUGAUUCUGGAGGUGGGCAAGCAGCUGUUCUCGGCGAGCGGGGAGGAAGCUCAGAUGCAGCUGCAGACAGACCUUGCCACCCUGCAGGACGAAUGGGAGAGCACCCGGUGCAUGCUGGGAAAGAGGAGGACCCUCACUGCUGAUGUCAUCCAGAACUGGGAUCGCUGCAUGCUAAAACUGGCAGAUCACGCACAGCGUCUGGAGGAGGUGAGGGUCAGGCUGAAGCAGCCGAUCCAAGAUACAAAGGAGGAGCGUGGUCUGGUAAAGGAGAUUCAAGACUCCCUGGAAAACUGGGUGGCAAGCCUGUCUGAACUGAACACCAUGAAGACAGACCUAUCCCAGUACAUCAUCACCGACGACAUCCUACUACUGCAGGAGCAAGUAGACCAUCUUCACUGCCAGUGGGAGGAACUCUGCCUCAAAGUGUCUUUGCGUAAGCAGGAGAUUGCUGACCACCUGAACGCCUGGAUCAUCUUCAAUGAAAAGAACAAAGAGCUUUGCGAAUGGCUCACUCAGAUGGAGAACGAGGUGGCACACAGUGCCGAACUCAGCAUCGAGGACAUGGUGGAGAAACUGAAGAAGGACUGCAUGGAGGAAAUCAACCUGUUCAGCGAGAACAAGACUCACCUGAAGCAGCUGGGAGAGCAGCUGAUCACUGCCAGCAACAAGACCAAGGAGGCAGAGAUCAACGACAAGCUCAAGGACAUCAACGACCGCUGGCUGCACCUGUUCGACCACAUCGAGGCCAGGGUGAAGAAGCUUAAGGGGACUCUUGUGAUGGUGCAACAGUUGGAUAAGAACAUGAGUAACCUGCGGACGUGGCUGUCCCGCAUCGAGGGCGAGCUCGCCAAACCCAUCGUCUACCGCGUCUGCCACGGGGACGAAAUCCAACGCAAACUGGCUGAACAACAGGAACUGCAGAGGGACAUUGAGCAGCACACAGAGGGUGUUGCGUCAGUGCUGACGCUGUGUGAUGUGUUACUGCAUGACACUGAUGCGUGCGGCAGCGACGCGGAGAACGACUCAAUCCAACAGACGACGCACAGCCUGGACCGCCGCUGGCGAAACAUCUGUGCCAUGUCUAUGGAGAGGCGGAUGAGGAUUGAGGAGACGUGGCGCCUGUGGAGCAAGUUUAUGGAGGACUACUCUCGUUUCGAGGAGUGGCUGAGUGCGGCGGAGAGGACGGCAGCAAACCCCGCCAGCGCUGACGUCCUCUACACAUGCGCCAAGGAGGAGCUCAAGAAGUUCGAGGCAUUCCAGCGGCAGGUGCAUGAGCGGCUGACACAGCUGGAGCUGGUGAACAAGCAGUACCGACGGCUGGCCCGGGAGAACCGAACCGACACCGCCAGCAAGCUGAAGAUGAUGGUGAAUGAGGGGAACCAGCGCUGGGACACACUCCAGAGGAGGGUGACCGCAGUCCUGCGCAGGCUCAAGCACUUCACAUCCCAGCGGGAUGACUUCGAGGGGUCACGAGAGGCCAUUCUGAUGUGGCUCACCGAGAUGGACCUGCAGCUCACCAACGUCGAGCACUUCUCCGAGAGCGACAUCCGUGACAAGAUGAGACAGCUCGACGCGUUUCGGCAGGAGAUCACUCUGAACACGGACAAGAUCGACGCUCUGAUCGUGUUUGGGGAGAAUCUGAUCCAGAAGAGCUGCCCCGUGGAUGCCGUGUUGAUCGAGGAGGAGCUGGAGGAGAUGCACUCCUACUGCCAGGAGGUGUUCGGCAGGGUGGAUCGCUUCCACCGCCGCCUGGUCCUCAGACGCCCGGUCCUGGACGAGGAGUAUGAUUUCUCCGACAGGGACGCAGAUGUGGAGGACUCGUUGGAGCUGGAGACGGAAUGGGCGCGGGGGGGGCGAGCCAAAAGGGGAGAUUCCGGAGGCUGCAGCUCAAGCUCCACCCAGCGGGCGGAAUGCCACGGGCUCCUCCCACCUCCCCUGCAGCCAUCUGGCCGCGACACCCCCGGCAGCGUGGACUCCAUACCCCUCGAGUGGGAUCACACCGUGGAUGUGGGGGGAUCUUCGUCACCUGAGGAUGAGGAAGAGGUCACGUACUAUAGUGCACUCUCAGACAUAGAGGUCGCUGAGAGCUCUGAGGCUUGCGUUAAUGCUACAGCUCGAGCUCUUAGUGCCAGACCUGUGGGCAGGGCAAUGACAGAGCCCCCUGGCUGGCAUAGCCCCGCCCCCAAGGACAGGGAGCGAAUUAUCCACAGCCUGACGUCGUCCCCUACACACGUCAGCACCUCCUACCACCCACACGGCUAUGCUAAGCUCAUGUCAGAGUGCAACGAGAGCAUAGACAAUGUGAAGCGAGUCAAACUCAUUCUGAAUGAUGGGGAGGUGCUGGAGGACCAAGGCCUGACCACACUGUCUGCUGCAGACCAACAUACCAGCGUGAUCGAGCGCUGGGAGCUCCUUGGGGCAAGGCAGGCCUGCGUAGACAGGGAUGUCCUCCGGUGGGGAGCACAGAGCCAGCAUGGGAUGGGUGCUGAGCUCGAUGAGGUCACGGUCUGGCUGGACAGCGUGCUGCCGGAGCUGGACAGACUGCGCAGGACCGACGCGUCCGGCAGCAUCAGGGACAUGGAGACCAGUGUCCGCGAGCUGAAGGAGAUGCAGAGGACAUUUAGUAGCUACAAGGCUCUGAUGAUUGGCGUGAAUCUGAGUGGGCGGGACUUGCAGCAUGGAGACAAUGCGGAGCUGGACGAGCUGAGGGAGGGCCUGCGGGCAGCCAAUCAGAAGUGGAUGUGUGCCUGUGCCUCCCUCGACUCCUGGGAGGGCCAACUGCAGCGUGCACUCUUGGAGUGUCAGGAGUUCCAUGAGACGCUGCACUCCCUGCUGCUCUGGCUAGCCCGUGCAGAGAGCCAGCGCUACAUGGUCAACAUUCAUGAUCAUAAUGUGGACACGAGUUUGCUACAGGAGCACAGAAACACACUCAGGGUGGUGUAUGAGGAGCUGCAGUGCCAGGAACUGGAGGUGCGCCCCCUGCAGGAGAUCUCCUCACACAUCCUGCAGCUGGACCAGGGGGACGACAGCCUGGAGGCCAAAGAGAAGGUGCACGUUAUUGGCAACAAGCUCCGUCUUCUCCUCAGACAGGUGACUCAGGACCUGAGCACUCUGCAGGCUAGACUGGACUCUGAGGGCAGCGAUGGUUGGGGCCCCGCGGGACUGUCGGCCUUGUCGGACGAGGAAGCAAAGGCUGUUGAAAGGAGACCUGGCAGUGCUAAGCGGAAGAUGUCCCCCACCCGGCCCCUCCUGUACCGGGUGCUGCGGGCAGCAUUGCCCAUCCACGUCCUCCUCCUACUGGUGCUCGCGCUGGCCUGCCUGGUGCCACCAUCCGAGGACGACUACAGCUGCGCCCUCUCCAACACCUUCGCCCGCUCCUUCUACCCCAUGCUCCGCUACACCAAUGGACCCCCUCCGACGUGAGGAACAAGAAAUACCGCCACCACCGUGGUGCUGCCGAAAUGAGCCCUUCGGUUAGUGCUGGAGAUGGGAGGUACCAAGCAUUCACGAAGGGGCAAAUGAAUGCUCUCAUCAUACUUCCUCCUAACGCACCUGGACUCUGAGGGGAAGUUUAUUUAUUUAUUUAUUUUGUGAAAAUACUUUUUUUCUGCCACAAGCAGACAUUACUGCCAGUGACGAGCCAGUUCUGACAUCGGUGAUUGCAUAAGACUAAAGUGUAGCACUCAGCAUUCGUCAAUUUUAAGACACAAACAGGAAAACUUCAUGAAUGUGUACUUUUAACAUUACCAAACUGUCAGACUCCUGGAACACAUCACUGUUAAUUUAUUUUUGAAAUAAUGCCUACUGACGCACCUGGGCAGUCCAUUUUUGUGCAUAUCAACUGAACACAGAUCUGUCAUCAUGUUUGAUCUAGAAAUCCACACAUGCUUUGUGCAAAUAUGAAGUGCUUUUGGAUUGGUGUUUGUUUCACCUUUUUAUUUGUAAUGAUUUCAGCUGCCAGUUCCGUGCUUGUGAAGCGCACACAACCGGUGACACAAGGCUAGAGCAUGUGUAAUGUCACCUCAUUAGUUCACACCUCGGGCCUCUUUGUUCUAUCUACAGUGUGGUGGCAAUCUUUCACUGUGCGUAUAUAGUACGUCUGGUAAAGAGACGCAAUUCAAAUAAUACAAAACUACUGAUUUAGAGGACUAAAUCUCAGUUAUUAAUUACAUUUUCUGUGUUCAGGGAAAAAAUAUACUUCAUGAUUAUUUUGUGUGCUUAUUUAUUUUUGGGGUGCUAGAACUAUUAACUGAACACAGAGCUGUUGCGCUUUUAAGUUCUUGCUGGGUUUUCCUUUAGCUUGUCAUGGUGUUAGCCUGUUGGGCUGCUGUUAACUGGGAAUGCUUCAGCAGUGUCCACUCCCUCUGUUCCUGGCCAGGCCAUCUACAUGAACUUACUUAGAUAUACAUAUGCAGAUAUGCCAAAAAGAUAAGGGGUGCAAUGAUCUCACAGCAGAAGCUGACUAGUGUCUUAGACUAAUGAUUUGCAUAGGAUCACUAUGUGUAAAGUCAAUCAUGAGCUAAUGUCAGGUCCUCCAUCAUGUACCAGCGUCAGCGGUUCAAACCAACUACUGAAACGUUCUGAACACAAAUUUAAAAAAAUAUAUUUUUUGAUGUGUACCCAUGCUAACUACAUACCUGGUUAUGGCAUGAUUCACUACCUAUUAUUAAAAUUAUAUAUUUAUUUACACACAAAGCUUUGCCCCUUCCUGUCAAAGGUCAUAUGGUUUCAGCAAACCAAGCCAAUGGGAGGGUAUAUAAUGAGAUUUUGUUUUGGGUUUUUUUUAGUAUUUAGAGGAUGAUGUAUAGAUCAAAGCCAUCUUCAUUACAAAUAAAUUAAGAUGUUUGUCAGUAUGACACUGCAA